AUGGUUAUUCAAUUUCCUAUUUUGUCUCCCUUCUCCCUCGAACUUGCCCUUCUCGCACUGUUCCCAACUCCCAACAAUUGCAACACAAAAAUAUUCAGCAUAAAUAUUCUUCAGUUUUCUUCUUUCUGGGGUUCAUUUUUCCUGAUUAAGAAACUGGAAAACAUCCUCAGAAAAUACUAUGAUAGAUUGAUUUCAAGAAAAUCAGGGCGCUUCGGAUCAUACUUGGCAGCCUGUCAUGACAACGGAUACAACAGCCCCGAGCUACUGGUUGAACUGGAGGUUCUUACUCUGUGCAACAUGGAUCUUAUCAACCAUGCUGAUACCAUUAUCCAUAGUGCUGGGAUAUUUUAUUUUUACACUCAGUGGACUUUCACUUUGGUCACCAUCUAUUUUGGGAUUGGAUCUUCAAUCUCUAUUCAUGGAUGUAUCCGCUAUUUCCAUGAAGUGGAUGGAGAAAGGGAUGAUGGUUCUAAUGCAGAGCGAGGCUCUUAUGUCGCUCCCUCACUUGAGGAUAAGGAUGAUUUGCCCAGCAUGACCAGAAGCUUGAAUCACCAUAGGGAACCUCUUGAUUGCAGAACUGCAGAUGCUUGGGAAUAUGCCUUCCAAAUACUUUUUCAGAUGUGCGCUGGGGCCGUGACACUUACUGAUUCUGUCUUUUGGCUCAUAAUAUACCCAUUUCUCACUGGCAAAGAUUACAGAUUACAUUUUCUGGUUGUUUGUAUGCACUCUGUCAAUGCUGUUUUCCUCCUUGGCGAAACAUUUCUAAAUCGUCUGCGAUUUCCCUUCUUCCGAAUUGCAUAUUUUGCUUUGUGGACGUGUGUAUUUGUCAUUUUCCAGUGGAUCAUCCAUGCUUGUAUCUCAAUGUGGUGGCCUUAUUCCUUUCUAGACUUGUCAUCUCCAUAUGCUCCCAUAUGGUACUUGGGCGUCGGAUUGCUUCAUCUUCCAUGCUUUGCCAUCUUUACUUUAAUAUUCCGGAUAAAACAAUUUUGUUUAUCAAAGAUAAAUUCCCAAAGCCAUCGGAUCAGAUAG